AUGGAUGAAUCUGUGAAGAGAAGGGAGCGACUGAAAGCAAUGCAAUCAGAAGCAUCCUCACAAGGUGGUGCAGUGCCACUUCAUGAUUUUGGGAAUUCUGCAUCACCUCCUCUUUCUUAUCUCUGGUCUUGUUUGAUGAAGGGACCAUCUCCUCCUCAUAUACCCCCUUCUCCGUCUUAUCAUCAGCUGCCACCACCUUAUUCUCCUAGUUUCAGGAUGCCUCAAGUCUGUGCCCAUUUCUUUACUCUUCCACAGCAACAAUAUGGCAUCCCGCCUGGAAUGAGGAGUCCUUAUGGCCCUAUGAAUUCUGCAAGAGGCAAUUCCUCUAGCCCCUAUCAUUCCGGGCAUGACAGAGGACCAUGGCACAACAGUGGCAACCACCAUUCGUCAUCAAAUAUGGGAAGAGGACAGGGUCGUUGCGGUAAUUUUGUACGCCCUGAUGGUGGUUGGACAAGAUCGCGUAAUCAGUCUGCUGAAGUUGCACCUGGUCUUUACUAUGACAAGUCGUCAGUUGAAGAUCCGUGGAAGUUCUUGAUGCCCGUUACAUGGGAAGGAAGAAAAUGUUUAAUAAUGGAGAGCUCAAGUAUUUCCAUGGUUCUUCGAAAUGGUCUGGUGAUGGACCAAGUCUCAGCUGAAUUCUUAGCUGAUUCAUUCAGCGAAGCUGCUGUCUGA